UACUACGAGAGAGAAGAGACAAAGAAAGACGUCGUGGCGUGAGCGCGAAGGAGGGAGACAGCGUCGGAGCGACGGAGGAUAGAGGGAAAGAGAGGGAGAGGGAAGAAGAAAGAAGAAGAAGAGAGAAGGAGGUCUCCACCUCGGACAUAUAUGCGGUGAGAAUUCGCGCCUCCUGUCUCAGUGCUUGACAGGCCGGCAAGCUCUUAGGAUCCAUUGGGUUUUACCAGUCCGUCCACGGAUCACCGCUGCCUCCGCCGUCACGCACGAUCGUCUUCCUCGUCGUCGCCGCCUUCUUCGGGGUCCCGCCGGAUUUUUUGGGAUAAGCGGUGUCUUCAGAACAGAGAGGGUGAAAUUAGUUGACGCGCCGAGACUGGUCCCCGUAGUAGUAGCACUCAGUGGUGCCGGCUGAGUCAGAGUACCGGAAGUGUAAAGUCACGAGGCAGGAAACGACAAAGAACCGCGGGAUAUAUAAGCGAGGAGAGGUGGAACAGGGUUGACCCAGCUCUCGAGGGUUGAGAAGUAACCGGUACGGAUUCGGUGCCGUGACAUUUGAAGCACGCCUGAUAAAGAACAGGAUCUGUCACUGAACGGUACAUGGCGAUGCGUGUCUUGGAACGAUAGAGACUGGCGCCAGGACUGAAGGUCACAAUGAUGCAGCGGGCCGCAUGAUAUCCGAGACACUUCGCACAGUUACAACGAAACACUGAAAGUGCCUUGUGAUUCUCUCUCGCAGUGAUUGGUGUGCGUGAGAACAGUUUUUGGUGAACCCAUUUAAGUGGAGCGGGUGACACCGAUGAUAACUCUUUCAAUCUGAUCGCAUUGUAGCCUAGAAAAGGACUCGUUGUUGAAGACUCAAGGUUCCACAAAGUUGAUAGAUCCGCAAGGAAGGCAGAAAGAAAGCGAAACUGGAUCGUGCGGAUUGCAAUUGUGAUCAAGGCCGGUCGCCUAGUUCCGGUGGAACACCGACUCCAAGGCGCAGUGACGAGCUCCACAUCAAGGGAACCAAGAAGCUUCUCGAAGAAGAGAACGUAUGGUUGUGCAAAUUCAGGAAGAAGUUGGCAUUGCGCGAUAAGCGACGAAGAAAGAGACUUUCCUUGCGGAAGUAGUCCAAGUUGUGCGGGAAGAAGUAGAAGCGGAAAACGAAGAAGAACAGUGAAGAAGAAAGGCUUUUUCUACGCGAGAGUAGCGGAGACUGUUAUCAAAAAGAAAAGAGAAAUAGCGAAGAAAAGGAAGUGCAUAGCCAAGCGUACAUUGAGAACAAUCGAAGAACUUUGGUCGCGGAAGAAAAGAAACGAAGCUAAAGAAAUUUAAGCUUUGUUCCGAGGAAAAAUAAAGACUCGGCGAAAACGAGUGACAAUGCUAUCGAUCAUCUGAUCGUUCCUCUCGCGACGAAGGCCGAUCGUAGUUGAUUUAACCAAGGGCGACCUUGAACAAAGAUGGUCACGAGGGCGCUGCUGCUACUCCCGCUGGUUCUCCUCGGUGCCUUUGACGCUCCCGGCAUCGAGAGAGUUCACAUCCGCCACUUGGCAAUGGCCGGUAACGUCUGUAAUGCCUGCAGGAUGCAUGAGGAACUCCGCGCGCUCAGUCUAGAGGCGAUCAAGGAGCAGAUCCUGAACAAGCUCGGUCUCAAGCAGGCGCCCAAUAUGACAGGCAGGGCUCUGCCAAGAAUCCCACCGAUCUCGAAGCUGAUGGACAUGUACGGGAUGCAGGCCGACCAACCGCAGCCUCUCGAACCUGGUAUCACGCACCAUGAGGAAGUCGACGAGUAUGCUGCAAAGACAGAGAGCGUUUUUGCCUUGGCGCAACCCCAUCAGAGGUUAAGGCACUCAAAAGGCAAUCUGGACGUGCUGUACUUUAAGUUCUCCGACAAAGUCGUCCAGCAUCGCGUCACCAAGGCGGAUCUGUCUCUGUGGAUAUGGGGAGUGAAUCAAGAUUCGGAGCUCAGCGAGCCGAGCGACCUGGACAGCCAGGACGCGGGUCCGGUGACGAUUACCCUGCAAAGGAUUCUACGAGGCGCGACCGAAACGGGUGGGCCCCUGUUGGGCCCGCCGUUGACUACGAAGCAUCUGAGACCGUACGGACGACGAGGCGGCUGGAUCACGAUCGAACUUAGACGAAUGGUGGCCGAGUGGUUCAAGCACCCCAGGGAUAAUCUAGGAGUGGCGCUAAAGAUCAUCGGACCUGGCGGCAAUCACCGCAGGAACUCGGCCCGACUAGUCGAAACGAAUCCCGGCGCGGAGUACGCCCCGUAUCUCGAGGUGCAGAUGCAGGAACUUGAUUCGCGAAGAGGCUCCAGGAUCAAGAGGAACGUGGGACUCAACUGUGACGAAGCCAGCCAGGAGACGCGGUGCUGCCGAUAUAAGCUCACGGUGGAUUUCGAAAAGUUCGGCUGGGAUUGGAUAAUCGCACCUAAAAAAUACGAUGCCAAUUACUGCUCGGGUGACUGUCCGAUGGCUUUUCUUCCGGCUUAUCCGAACACGCACAUCGUCAGCCUGGCGGAACCGCCGAAUAACACCGGGCCGUGCUGCGCACCUAGGAAGCUAUCCGAAAUCACGAUGCUGUACUUCGACAACGAGUACCAGAUCGUGUUCUCGCGGUUGCCGGGUAUGGUCGUCGAAAAGUGCGGCUGUUCAUAGUCCACCUUCGAUUCCGGCAGAACAAAAGCGACGUGGACGACGCCGAGAGCACGUCGACGCGAGGUAACGUCCCGCGACGCUCUCCUCCCGAUUGAUUCCGAUAAUCAUCGUCGUUGUUCUCGUCAAUCGUCGUCAAUUGUUGUCGCCGCGUUCUUGGCGAUUCCUCAUCCGAUAGACUGAAAGUGCCUUGUUCGGAGAGUAGUUGCGUGAUGCGGAUCUCUUUGGAGCGCGUAAGGGGGGGGAGCACGAGAGUGAGCAGCAGCUAGAACAGUGGAUGGUGGAUUCGAGUGAGAAUCUCCUUCCGAAGACCGCGCUGGAUGCCAAGAAAAUCCAAAGAGGGACUCGCGUCGUUUAGCGGGGAGGCACCUCGACGAUGGUUUUAUAGUCCACGGCAAGGCGGAUAGUUCCUAGAGUCACGGUAUUAUUUUUAAGAUGCCGAUACGUUUGCAUCUGAUCCACGGGCGCGACCUCGUGAUUAUUCGAUUACGUGAGUUUUCUCACUCCUAGCACAGGCGGGAAAGAGCCCGGGGUUAUUUAUAACGCUCGUAGCCGCUACGAGCGUUAUAUAUUCGCAAAAUCCCAAAGCGAUUUUGUGAUGAGCAGUACAAAACUAUGUUAAAAUUUUUACUAUUGCAUUACUAUGCCCGGCUCUCGUGAGACUUUAGAUGCGAUUACGAAGGAUACAGCACGGUCGUUUCGCGUGGCUGAAUUGUAUCCAGACAAUGUAUUCUUGUCUCUUUUACGUUGGAAACAAGAUACAUUGUCGUUAACAGAGGUCGUCGACGAUCGAUGAAAAUGUGUCGGCCAACAGAUCUCGGUGUACAGUAAAAUCGUUGUUUUUUUAAUGGUUUUUUCUCUCUUACUUCCUUCUCUCCCCUCCCUUCCUUCGUCUUUAUAUACAUAUAUAUAUAUAUAUAUACAUAUAUAUAUAUAUGUUUUUGUCAUUAUGGUCGUUUUAGCGAAUUGUGAGAGUGCGUGUGCGAGAGAGCGUGUCGAAUUAUGUAAAUAAACAGGCAAGAGUGUGGUGUUGCUUUUUUAAGACUCCCGGGUCCUGGAAGGAUUCAACGAGGACGUUACUCGUAUAUUGGCGGAAAACUCUGUCUUCCGUUUUUUUUUUUUUUUUUUUUUACUGCGAGUACGGCUCCAAGUUGUAAUUAACGGCGCGAUAUUCGAUUAAAUGGCGCUCAAAAACUUUAAAUAUCACGGUAAUCGGAAAUUUCAUACGUUCUCGUUAGUCGUCACGGACGCAGAACAAGCACUGAGCGUUUAUUUCUAGAUGAAUGAGCGUUUGUUGUGCAACGAACGUGAAAUACGCCUGAUUUUUUAGUAGUUUUUUUCCUCGUAAUUCACGGUAUUAAUAGUUACAUUUUAUAACGCGGAUCAGGAAAAGAUAACUUUCUUUCGAAAUGCACCUCUUCCUAUUCCGCACAUUGUACAAUUUUUUAAAAAUUGACAAGUAUUUAUAAACAAACUUAUGUUAAAAGUUCUUUUUUUUUCCUCCGACAGACAGUGAAUCUAACGUUUUAUUGAUUUUAGGUCCAUUAAAAAUUACCGUCGCUGAUUCUUUCGUAAUCCUUAUUAAAUGUAUUCACGAUGACAGAGAGAAAAAAUCAGUGCUCUAAUAUGUGUAGACAUAUCCCCGAUGCAUAAAAUAAUUCUGUGUAUAGCGAUUGAAAUCGAUGUAAUUUCGACAAGUUUAGAUCUCUCUAUAUUUAAUCAAAUCAACGAAAACGCGCCAAUCGAUCGUAAAUACGGCGCAUUUCUUUGAAUCUGGCAUUAAGAAUCUAGUGUUGAGAAUUAAACUUAUCAAGAUUUUGUCGGUUUCAAUCCCUCGUUGUAUAGCGAUCUUCAAAAUCCGGGAACACGCCUGAAAUCUCUUAUACUACGAGAGUAACAUUUAUUGUUAAUUCCACGUUUUUCCCUCUGCUUCGAUUCAAGUGCACGGUAGCUAUAUCUUGUAAAAUAGUAUACGAUACACGGAUCGACUUGCGCACACCGUCCCUGACCUUUAUGUGAUUGUAAAGGAACAAAAAAACACAUACAUACACGAAUUUAUAAAAAAAAAACUGCGAUUUUUAUAAAGCGAUCAUUAGAAAGUAAGAAAAAGCUCCUUGAAAAAUCGAUUCCUUUGUAAUUCGUCUCUUUUCCGUUAAGCUGUCCUCUAUUUUUCAUUUUUCUGCGAUCACCGUUUUUCGCUUUCUAUCUUUACUCCUUACAUUCUCAGUUUGCGAAUGUACCAAUAAUUAAAAAAAGAAAUAAAGGAAUUGUGUAUCUUCCCCAAUGUAUAAAUGAGGACGGCAAAAAAUGCAUACUUAUAUGUAUAAUGUGUACUUCUUAGGUAGGCAGCAUAGAUAGAAGAAUAUUUAUUCCAUGAAAUAAAUGGUUUUUCGAUGAG